GAGGGGCGUGGCUUGGAGCGGCGUGGGCGGGGCCUGCCCAUCCCCAGCGGAUCCGGAGCGAAGCCUGAACAGGGGCGGCUGAGGCGAGGAAGAGCAUGAACCGGUUCAAGGCGUCCAAGUUCCGUCACGCGGAGGCCAGGGUGGCCCGAAAGGAGGCCUGGGUCAGAGACAUCCGAGGCUCCUGCCCUGCGCCUGCAUUGAGCUGCAUCAAGGCCAAUGGCCGCUGGAUCGCCUUCAGCACCGAGACGGCAGGUGUGCUGGGCUUGGUGCCCUUGGAGGCCCAGAACGGAGGCAAAAGGGCCGUUUCCCAGCUCUGCUGCCACUCAGAUGCAGUGACGGAUCUGGACUUCUCCCCUUUCGAUGAGCAGAUCCUGGCCACCGGAUCCGCGGAUGAAGUGAUCAAGGUCUGGCGCCUGCAGGACGGGGACGGGGACCCCUCCUCCUCCUCCUGCCAUGUGGCCCUGGGGGCAAAAGAGGGCCCGGUGGGGGCGGUGCUCUUCCACCCCACGGCGGAUGGGACCCUGUCCAGCGCGGCCAGGAAAACAGUCAAGGUCUGGAACGUGGAGCGGCAGCAGGCACUGACCGAGCUGGAGCCCCACGAAGACCAGGUCCAAAGCCUAGGAUGGAGGCCAGACGGAUCCCUUUUGGGCACUUCAUGCAAGGAUAAAAAGCUGAGGAUCUUUGACCCCCGGACCAAACCGACUCCUUGCCAGAGUGUCCUGGGCCAUGACAACGCCAAGGAUUCCCGGUUGGUCUGGGUUAACGCCGAAGGAGGCCUCCUUUCUGUUGGGUUCAACCAGGUGAGGGAGCGCGAGGUCCGGCUCUGGGACACCCGGAAAUUCGGCAGUUCGCUGGCCUCUGUCACCCUGGACGCCUCCCCCAGGGCCCUGAUCCCGCUCUUUGACUCCAGCACCGGCCUCCUCCUCCUGACGGGCAAGGGGGAGAACGUCCUUUUCUGCUACGAGGUCCAGACCGGGCAGCCAGCCCUGACGAAAGUGACGCAGUGCCUGACGGAGGGCAGGUCCCUGGGAGUGGCCCUGGUGCCCCGGCCGGCGCUGGACGUCAUGGCCUGCGAAGUGAUGCGGGCCUUGCAGCUGAGCGACAGCGGCGCCAUCGUCCCCAUCAGUGUCCUGGUGCCCAGGAAGUCCACCCAGGAGUUCCACAAAGACCUGUUCCCCGACAGUGCUGGCAGCGUCCCAGGUGCCUCUGCCCAGGCCUGGUGGGCCGGAGACGACGGCCAGGUGGAGAAGGUCAGCCUCCAUCCAGCCCAGCGGCCCAACAAGCUCUUCAUCUCCAGCUGUCUGCCCCCCUACCACCCGGAGACCCCUGCCCCAACAGGCUCCCCUCAGGCAAUGGAUGCGGGUGACCGGACGGAGGACCCAGAUGCCAAUGCCGGCAGCAGCGGCCUCUCCUCGCCCUCCAGCUCCAUGGCUUCUCCUCCCUCCAGCGCUGCCCCUUCGCUCUCCGUCUCCAGCAGCGGCUUUGCCUCCAGCCCCAGCCAGCGCUCCCUGCAAAGCAUUCUGGGACCCAGCUCCAGCUUCCGCCACUUGCAGGGCACCGUCCUCCACCGGAGCACCCACAUCACCAACCUCCGGGGCCUGAGCUUAACCACUCCAGGCGAAUGCGAUGGUUUCUGUGCCAAUCGGCUCUUUGUGGCCGCCCCACUCCUCUCCGCAGGAGGCCAGGUGGCCGUCUGGGAGCUCUCCAAACCGGGCCGCCUCGCCGAUGCAGCAGCAAUGCCCACCAUACAGAAUGGGGCUCCCGUCUCGGAUUUGUGCUGGGACCCCUUCGACCCCAGGCGCCUGGCCAUUGCCGGAGAAGAUGCCCGGAUCCGCCUGUGGCGCUUGGGGCCAGAGGGGCUGCAGGAGACCCUUCUGGAGCCGGAAAGCGUCCUGAGAGGCCAUUCCGAGAAGGUCUACUCCAUCCGGUUCCACCCUUUGGCUGCGGACAUCCUGGCCUCCUCCUCCUUCGACAUGAGUGUCCGCAUCUGGGACUUGGGCAAUGGGAAGGAGGCCAUGAAGCUGGAUGGACAUCGGGACCAGAUCUUCAGCUUGGCCUGGAGCCCCGAUGGACGCCGCUUGGCUACGGUCAGCAAGGACGGCAAAGUGCGGGUUUAUGAUCCCCGGAUGGGCCCUGAGCCCCUGCAGGAGGGUCCGGGGCCUGAAGGAGGUCGGGGGGCCCGCAUCGUCUGGGUCUGUGGAGGCAACUUCUUGCUGGUGUCGGGCUUUGACUGUCGCAGUGAACGGCAGCUCUCCCUCUACGGGGCCGAGUCGGUGUCUGCUGGCCCCCUGGCCGUCCUGGGCCUGGACGUGGCCCCCUCCACCCUCAUCCCCUUCUACGACCCGGACACCAGCCUGGUCUUCCUCACAGGAAAGGGUGACACCCGGGUCUUUGUCUACGAGGUCCUCCCCGAGGCCCCCUUCUUCCUGGAGUGCAACAGCUUCAUCUCCAACGAACCCCACAAGGGCCUCCAGUUCCUGCCGAAGAUGGAGUGUGACAUCCGGGAGGCGGAGGUGGCACGGGCCUUGCGCCUUAGGCAGGGUGCCCUGGAGCCCCUGGCCUUCCGGGUCCCAAGGGUCAAGAAAGACUUCUUCCAGGAUGACCUCUUCCCACCGACUGCAAUAUCUUGGGAGCCUGCCCUUUCGGCCGAGGCUUGGCUGCUGGGCCAGGAUGGCCAGCACCGGAGGCUGUCCCUGCAGCCCAAAGGCAUGGUCCCAGUGAGUGAGGCCCCCAAGGAGCCCCCCAGCAGGAAAUACGUCCCGUCCUCGGUCUAUUUGGAGGAGAAGUCGGACGAGCAGAAGAAGGAGGAGCUGCUCAAUGCCAUGGUGGCCAAGCUGGGCAACCGGGACGACCCUCUGCCCCAGGACUCCUUCGAAGGCGUGGACGACGAGGAGUGGGACUAACCCAGGAGCCAUUGCCUUUCUGCUCCUCCCCAAACAAACCCACAGCCAUGGAGCGGAUGUCCAUCCAGCAGCGCCUCAAACGCCUUUUUCACUAAGAGCCUCUUUCUGGGCGACGACUUCCCGACGGAGGCUGCCUUCCGGCUCUUGAACCCAGGCACAGGAGCAACGGUUCCCCCUCCUCUUUGCAGAGGCCCUGGGCUGCAUUGGGGCAAGUGCUGGAUGCCGGGCCCCCUUCUCUCUUUGCUUAUAGCCUUUUCCCAGGAUGCCCUUCCAGCAACUGGGAAUACUGGAAAUGCUGGCAAUGCAGAAGGUGCCCAUACCUUGCCCUGCUUUUCUCAGGGGCAUUUUGUAAGGCCCAGGGAGGCCUGUUUUCUCCCCCUCUGCCCUUUGGCUCAACUUUCUGUGGCAGAAUAUUGGAAUAAUGUGGUUUUUAAUAUUAUUAUUGUUACUAUUAUUAUUAAAGAGCUGCAUGUGGAAUUGUCCUGUGUCUUGCCAGAGGGCCAGGCCAAAUGCUCCUUGUGUCUGAUGCGCUGCAACAAAGCCACUCUCUCUGCCUGAAGUUCCCUUUGGAAGGUUGCAUGAAGAAUGCUGUUGUGCCUUUCUUUCCUUUUUCCAAAUAAAGGCGGUUUUGGAA